AUGACUCAUAGUGACGAUUUAAAAUUGCGCAUAGUUUAUCUUAAUCAUGAUGGUCAUAGCAUGGAAGAGAUUCCAGAACUUCUAUAUUUAAGUGAAAGCUUAGUGCAAAAAAUACUUCAAACAUAUAAUCAUUUUUAUUUUAUUAAAAAUCCCUUUAAAGAAGCCCUAGGUCAAAAAAAAUCAUUUAAUA